AUGUCUUCUCGACCAACCGAGGAGAGAAAUCAAGAUGCAACUGUUUAUAUUGGCAAUCUUGAUGAGCGUUGUACUGAAGCCUUGAUUUGGGAGUUAAUGCUUCAGGCAGGACCGGUAGAUCGUGUUACUCAAACACAUCAAGGAUAUGGAUUUUGUGAAUAUAUGAGUGAAGAGGACGCCGAUUACGCUAUAAAAAUAAUGAAUCAAAUAAAACUUUAUGGAAAACCUAUACGAGUUAACAAAGCAACAUCAGAUAAGAAAAAUUUGGAUGUUGGUGCUUCAUUAUUCAUUGGAAAUUUGGAUCCUGAUGUGGAUGAAAAAAUGUUAUAUGAUACAUUUAGUGCCUUCGGAGUUAUUGUACAGACACCCAAGGUGGAUCCCGAUACAGGAAAUAGUAAAGGAUAUGGGUUUAUUUCAUAUGACAAUUUUGAUUCUUCUGACGCAGCAAUUGAUGCUAUGAAUGGUCAAUAUUUGAUGAAUAAACCAAUUACUGUAUCAUAUGCAUUCAAGAAAGAUGGUAAAGGAGAGAGACAUGGUAGUGCUGCAGCCCAAGCGAAGAAAAAUCAAAGUUUACCAAAUCGUCUUUUCGCGGAUGUUCGGCCAACCAAUGUACCUCAACAAAUGAUGGGAAUAAGAACUUCAAGUUCUUCUCAACCAGGUACAAUUCCAAGACCAAGUGGACCUCCUUCAAAUAUAGGGACAAAUGGGUCAUCAUCACAGGGUUAUCCAUUACGACCCAAUAUGGCUUCUGGAGGAGGAAAUAGACCACCUCCACAAUUACGUCCACCUGGACCUUAUGGUCAAUAUCCACAACCACCAAUUCCAUAA